CUGCCGCAGCUCAACGCGGCGAUCCCGCAUUCCCAGCUCGCUUUACCCCCGCCGUCCUCCUCCAUUUAUACCCCUUUCUUUCCCCGGCAACUUGCAUCCCAUCCCAUAUGCGCGUAUACCUGCUAGCUCCUUUCACUUUCCCUUCCAUUCCAAUUCCGUUUUCUUAAUGCAAAGCACGAGCACUGCUGCGACCGGCGAAAGCUAGCAGCAGCUCCAGCUAUAAGACCCAUCUCUUUCUCUUUCUCUUCCUCUUUCUGCGACUCCACUCACUCGUUCCAGAUCUGGAGGUUCUUCCUGUGCCGCCAUCCAUUCCAAUGAUGGCUCCGACUCGGCCUUCUCUGGCAUUGGCGCGGUGGGUGCUCCUGGCGGCGGUGGCGGCGAGGCUCGCCGGCGCUGAUGACCCCUACCGCUACUUCACCUGGACUGUCACGUAUGGCCCCAUCAACCCGCUCGGCACCACCCAGCAGGGCAUCCUGAUCAACGGGCAGUUCCCGGGCCCUCGCAUCGACUGCGUCACCAACGACAACCUCAUCGUCAACGUCGUCAACAACCUCGACGAGCCAUUCCUCAUCACAUGGAACGGGAUCAAGCAGCGGAAGAACUCGUGGCAGGACGGCGUGGCGGGCACCAACUGCCCCAUCCCGCCCGGCGCCAACUACACCUACAAGUUCCAGGCCAAGGACCAGAUCGGCACCUUCACCUACUUCCCCUCCGUCGCGCUGCACCGCGCCGCCGGAGGGUUCGGCGCCCUCAACGUCUACCAGCGACCUGCCAUCCCCGUCCCCUACCCGCCCCCCGCCGGCGACUUCACACUCCUUGUCGGUGACUGGUACCUCGCCGGCCACGACCAGCUCCGCCAGACACUCGACUCCGGCGCGCCGCUCCCGUUCCCGGACGCGCUGCUCAUCAACGGCAUGCCCUCCGCCACCUUGGUGGGCGACCAAGGGAGGACCUAUCUGUUGAGAGUGUCCAAUGUCGGGAUGAAGACGUCGAUCAACUUCAGGAUCCAGGGCCAUGCUCUGAAGCUGGCGGAGGUGGAAGGCACGCACCCGGUGCAGAACGUCUACGACUCCCUAGACGUGCACGUCGGCCAGUCCGUGGCGUUCCUCGUCACCCUCGACCAGCCGGCCAUGGACUACGCCGUGGUGGCGUCGACGCGGUUCAACCCGGCCGACACCAGCCCGUUGACGGCGGUCGGGACGCUGCAUUACAGCAGCGCCACCUCCUUGGCGCCUGGCCCGCUCCCGGCAGGACCGCCGGAGGAGAGCGAGUGGUCGAUGAACCAGGCAAGGUCGUUCCGGUGGAACCUGACAGCCAGCGCGGCGCGGCCCAACCCGCAGGGGUCGUUCCACUACGGCACUAUCCAGACGUCGAGGACGCUGGUCUUGGCCAGCUCCGCUGCCGUCGUCGCUGGGCAGAGACGGUACGCCGUGAACGGCGUCUCGUUCGUCGUCCCGGACACGCCUCUGAAGCUCCUGGACAACUACAACAUCGCAAACGUGAUCGAAUGGGACAGUGUCCCGGAGCGGCCCGACGGCGGGGCACCCCGGCCCGGGACGCCGGUGGUGAGGCUCAACCUGCACGAGUUCGUGGAGGUGGUGUUCCAGAACACCGAGAACGAGAUGCAGUCCUGGCAUCUUGACGGAUAUGAUUUCUGGGUCGUCGGGUACGGCGAUAAUGGGCAGUGGACGGAGAAUGAGCGGCUGAACUACAACCUGGUCGACGCGCAAGCGAGGCAUACUGUUCAGGUGUAUCCGAACGGAUGGUCGGCGAUCUUGGUGUCGCUGGACAACCAAGGGAUGUGGAACCUGAGGUCGGCCAACUGGGACCGGCAGUACCUCGGCCAGCAGCUGUACCUGAGGGUGUGGACGGCAGAGCAGAGCUUCUCCAACGAGUACAGCAUCCCGAUCAAUGCCAUACUCUGCGGGAGAGCUGCCGGCCUUCCACACUGAGGAACAACAAAGGCCUCCUCAAUACUACUGUUGCUACGCAAGGCGCUGAACGGCGCGCGAGGUGAACAACAACUCAGCAGCGAUCUUCAUGCAACGUCCGAAGGCUAGAGCGAUCUGCGCAUGGACAUGCAGCGGCAGGCGAUCUGUGCACAGGGACAUGCAUAGGUCAAUGGCUAGAGCGAUCUGGGAUUCUGAACUGGGCAGCAUGGUGAUGCCUUGGCAAUGGCCUGGGUGGAGAUGACCAUCCAUUCUCCUCCAGCAGCCUGCGGUCAAGAUCAUGCAGGUUCGGACCGAAGCUUCCUCCGGCUGUCCAGUACGUUGAGCAUGGCAGCGUUGGUGAUAAGGGUCAUCUUCCCAAGCGACCCAAGACGCUCGCCGCUGUUGCCGCCGGCAGAUCACAAGGCCGAAGGAGGUUGGUGGUGGCGCCUUGGGACUUACAUCGGUUGACCGAUGCUUGUCACUUGGCCGCAGGUGGUUCGUCCGAUCGAUGCGAGGGGGCAAUUUUCGUCCUGACCAUGGCGGCACCGUCCGGCCACUCGAGCCGCAGAUUGCAGUGGCCAUUCAAGGGUCUUCAUGAGAGUUUUUUCUUAGGAUCCACUGGUUGUUGCCAGCAGCUCGCACUGGCGAGGUUGUGUGAUGUAACCGGAAGGCUCCAUUGGGAGUUUCGGUGGCUCUCAAUCUGGCCAGUUUGCAUUCAGCGGUGAGAUAAAUUCUAUGGACGACGGCUUGACGCAGAGGAGAUGGUUGUGCAGCGGCAAGCCAUGCCGGCAUGUAAAGACUGUGCCUCACUUUUAGCUGCUGGGAUCGCGGAAAGUGGUGGCGACAACAUGAUGACUUUGAUUUGGUGGUGCUUCUUGAGUACCCGGUCUCGAGUUCCGAGGUGAAAACCCUAGGUCUGACCUGAAUUGGUUAUACCUGGCGAUGGCGAUGUUUUUGCGUCGUUACCUUGAUGAAGGCAUUGCUCGGAUGUGCUCGGACUUGUUCUUCAGGGUGAAAACCUAGAGUCUGACCUUUGUUGGUCGGGUCCAGUGACGGCGACGUUUAAGCGUCGUUUCCUUCCUGAAGGCGUUGCUGUUGAAGAAACUUUCUCGUUGCGCUUGUUCUGUCAAGAGAUGGUUGGUGCGGAUAUGGUCGUUGAUGUAGUUUAUCAACCGUUGUUUUGAUC